AUGUACCUGGUGUGUUAUUAUUGGAGAGUUCAGACCACGGCAGAUAAUCUUAUCCUCCUGUAUCUCGGGGUUGUUGGCUAUUUGGGUCUACGCAAUUGGAUCAACUCAGGAGACCUGCAAGGGGGGCUGAGUGACCUGCAAAAUAGUAAUACUUUCCUAAACCAAGUGGCUGGAUCUAAGUUAAGGAGCCACAGCACUACACCUGCAUCAUUUUACAAUGGAGAGAAUAAGUCAAAACCUUUUAUUUAUUCUGUAUUGGGCCAAGUUUUAGUUGGGAAUCUCAAGAUAUUUUGUUCUCAUACAGACCCUAUUCAUGGUAUGAUGAAUCCAGUUGAAUCUCCAAACAAAAAUAAUAGGAAGAGAGCACCUAAACUUACUAAAAGUGGACGACAGACUAAGAAACCGAAAAAGUUAGAAGAAUUCACGUCCGCAUCUUCGAAUGACGAAAUCUUUCGUUCUCCUGGGUGCUGCAAAGGGACCAAAUCAAACCAAGUCAAGACGAUACGCGCCAAAAUGGAUCAUUUAAAGUCUAUGAUUGAGAAUAAAUUGCUUUUGAAAAAUUUCACGUCGUUGACCAAAGAAUCUAGGGUGGCCAAUGUAAAACAGUUUGAUGAAAACUUUAAUCCUGAAUCAAUAACUACCGCUGACACCCCUUUGUCUAGGACAGCAGCUGCAUGUGCUGGUUCUUUUUGUUUAUCGCCCACCAUUGGGUCAAAAAUCUCUGAAACACCAAGCCAUGGAAGUGAAUACAUAAAUGAUGUGGGAAAAUAUAUGAAGGAAACAUCACAAAAAGCCCAAACACCGGAAGAACCCGACCUGGAUUCCUAUCUGCUGUCAAAUCGAAGCGUAUUUACUAAUCGUCAACCGUUGCGGGAUUUAAAUAACUCAACUACUUCAACUUUUGCAGACAGCUAUUUUAGCCAACUGAAGAAGAUGUUUAGUUUAAUCGGAGACAACCAGCGGCAAAUCCUGUCCAAUCAAACCACAAUAAUGUCAAAUCAAGACGACAUAAUAUCUACCAUCCAGAAAGUCGAUGAAAAAGUAACAAACCUUGAAAAUGCGGUCCAGGUGAUGUCCACGGCACGAGGAAAUCAGAUAGACCCCAAUAAACCAGAAAUGUACCCCUGCAUGUCAUUGGAGGAUUUUAGAAUUGCUGAAGAAGACCAGGAAGAAUCCUCUCGUAAAUUACUUGAAAGUUAUUUGGGAAGCAUGGGGGCAGAGAAUGUCCGAGCUUUUAUUUCCAUGGCAAUGAAGGAAAUAUUGUCUGACAACGUUGUUGAACAAUUUACCGUCAACGGAAAUCGUGGGAAGAAAGAAUUUGGGAGCUCAAAACAUGCAGCUCUCAUCUUGCGCGCAGCCAGAGAAUGCAAACUCUUCGAGGGACCUCUUACUCGAACCGAAUUUCUUCGCGAACUUCGAGAAGUGUUUCGUUCAACUAAGCAAAGGGUUAAAAAUAAAAGGGAAGGCGACAGAGGAGUCGACGUGGGAACAUUAUUGCAAGAAGCAGCGGUAUUAACACGUCAUCUACAAGAGAUGGAGGACGGAGAUGGAUCCGACGGAUCAAUCAAUGAAGAUGGCAGAAGACGUUACAAAUUAGACGCUUCUCGACCGGCAAGAAAAUUGUGUGGUGGUGCCAUUAUUUUAAAGGCAAUUUAUGAAGAACCAGAAUUACAGUCCACUCCGUCUGAAAAUAAGCAAGGUAAGUCACUAGGGGUUGUCUCGUUUAUUUUUUUUAAUCUUUUACGCAACACAAAUAUUAACGGACCUACAAGCAUUGGUCAAAAAUUGAAAAAUAGGUUAUAUCUCCUAAGCAAAUGCGAAUCGAAAAAAUUCGAAAUUUUCAUCAGUUCCGAGGAUGCAGCCUGGUUUAACGGCGAAGUCAAAAUCGAGGAAAACAUAGAACGAGUAAGAAGGGCUUUCUACAAUGAUAUGGAAAACAUCCCUCUCUUCUUCAUAGCUGCUCUGGCAUAUCUCUUCACCGACCCACAACUAUGGCUCGUCAACAGCUUGUUUAUUGUGUUUCUGGUUGUUAGGGCGCUGCAUUCUUUUGUUUAUGCAGUGUAUGUGAUUCCACAGCCGACUAGAGCCAUAUUAUGGUUUAUUGGUUUUGCAAUUACGGGAUAUAUGGCGAUACACUCCGCCAUAAAUGCUUUUGUUGCAGGAUAUGUUGAUGUUUAAGUAUUAUUUAAUUAAGUUAUUAUUUUUUUAGGUUUAUAAUAAAAAUAUAUCUUCUUAAAACUACCUUUUGAUAAAGUCAUAA